CGCCGCGCCUUCUCGUCUACUCGUAGUUCAUCUCGUUCGGUAGGUACCUUGUUCGUCUUCGAUCGUACCUGAGGUACCCUGAGGUUACGUUAGGCACGUACCUGUAGGUAGCUAUGUACGUACCUCUGCAUAGGCCCGGAGCCGGGAUAGCACUGCCGGCUGGCAAGAGCUGAUUAGGCCUGCCUGCCAGUUUCUCCCGAUUGUUACCCCACUGCACUAGCCCUACUGCGGGCAAUAGGUACCUGCCUAGGUAAGGCAAAUUGAAGAUACUGUAAUCGAUGUGCCAUCUUCCCAAGGUUAUGCCUACACACCUCAUACAUACCCGAAUUCACAAAUCCGCCCGCGCGAGGUUCCUUAUCCCCCUUUCUAGCAGGGAGCAAGGAGGGAAGGAGGAUAAAAAGGAGAAACGGAACCGAUAGACAUUAACCUAGGCACCGUCCGAGAUUGGCCACCCGAUACAUCGGCACCCGACAUCAUGUCAUCAUCAAGCGGCCUCGGCCGGACGCGCUCCAUGCGAAAGCCCGCUGCCGGGAGCAACGCAUCUGGCCAGAGAGACGGGCCCGCGACGACGCGUGGCGAGGCUAGGAACGUCUCGCCGAGCCGACUCCCCACGAAACCCGCCAUGACAACGCGGUCGACCGCAGCAGGCACCACCACCAUCUCUUCCUCUUCAGCCGCCCCGUCACGCACGAGAACGACCAGCUCCGUCACGGGUCGGCCGCCCUCGGGCAUUCUCAGCAAGCCUCCGUCGGCACGUCAAGACCACGCCGGGACUGCGCCCGCGAAACCUCUGGGCCGGGCGCCCUCCGCACGGCAGGUCUCGUCCUCUGCAGCCGCGCCGCCGCCAGCCGCCUCGUUCGCCGCGGCGAGCCGCUCCACGUCUAGCACGGCCUCGAAUAGCAGCACGGGUCGGCCGAGGUCGUCCGGCGGCCCGCCUCCGACGGCGGCUAAUCGAGAUCGCCAGACCGUUCACUCACGUUCUAAAUCUACCAUAACGAGCCUAACCGCCGCCACGACCCUCCACCCGGCGCCGCAGCAACCGCCCCCCUCCGCUGCCUCAUCGGACCCCUCGAGCUCCGGUGCCGCUACCGCUGCUGCCACUACGAGCUCGGGCCCGCGAACGCGCUCUCAGACCCACGCGCGCGCGAGAUCUCAAUCCGUCACCACACAGGCCACCACCCAACACCAACCCCAACGCCCACUGUACCACCCCCCGGCAGCAGCGGUGGCGACCGCCGCCCUCGCUAACCGGCCCGCCUUCAACACCCAUCAGCAGCACUACAGCCCUGCCAAAUCGCUCCGGCCGAAGCCGCUAACCUCGACCUUCCUCGCGCCGCCCUCGCCCUCGAAGUUACCUGCCAAUGUCGCCCUCUCUGCCGAGACGAGCCGGUUGCAGACGGAGCUCUUGCAGCUCUCGCUCUUACGGCGCGAUGCCCCCGCGGUCGAUGCCGAGUGGCACGCGAGCGCCCGCGCCACCCUCGGCGCCCGCUUCGCCCGCCUCGCCGCCGACCACGACGCCCUGGUGCGCCGAGAGCGGGACGGCGUCGAGACGAGUAACGCGGCCGCGCUUGCGCGCUGGGGGAACGCUACCACCCCCGACGCCGCCGCCAGCGGGGGGCUCGGGCUCGGGCUCGGGCUCGAGGCCAAGCUGCAGAUCCUCGACGAGGUUCUCGACGGCGUGUGGCAGCUCGGCGAGCCCGGCAGCAGGUACCAGCGCGUGGCGCGCCGGUUCGAGGCCUGGGCCGACCGCGCGGCAGACAUCGCCGCGGCGCGGCGCGCCGGCGACAUCGCGGCCCUCGUCGACGACGGCGACGAGGUACGGUUCCUCGGCGGGCUCGACGCCGCGUGGAAGCAGGAUCGCGCCGGGCUCGUCCGCCGGCUCGAUGGCUGGCGCGCGUCGCUGCGCGAGCUGGGGCCGCCCGCCGAUCUCUCUACUGUCGAUGACGGUAACGACGGAGUGGUGGUGGUACCCGGUAAACGCAAAACGGCGAAAAGAGAAGUAGGGAAGGGGGGAGCGGGAGGAGCAGGAGACAAAACGCCGGAGAGCGACGGCGCAGACACGGGCCUCGCGCGCGCGCUGCGCGGCGCGACCGCCCUCGUGGGCGACAUGCUCGCCGAGCUCGCCGUCAUGGAGGAGAUCCAGCGCGAGGCGGCGCGGGCCGAGGACGCUUGGAUCGAGAGCAUGGACCGGGCGAUCGCGGCCGAGGACUACGGCGACGGCGCCGCUGGGGCCGCGGCGGAGUCGACGUACGUGCCGCUGUGGAAGCUGGCGGUAUAAUGUACCGCUCAACUAUUACCGGGGAGGUUGCUUGUGGAGGAAUAUACUUACGAUGCCACGGCGCGGGAGUUGUGACUCGGGUGUGAGAAGACCCCAAGGAGACUCUGGGCUGGAUUCAGACAGUGGAUCCCGCCACGAUCCGUAUUCUGUAGUGCUUGCCAGGACGGAUACACGUCAGCGUGCGUAUGGGUGGACGGAUAGAUGAUCCCGCGCUUCACGGCAAGCUACGGAAAUGAGUACACCUAUUUAGCUAGCUACCUAGGGAGACAGGCUUUGAGCUUAUUCGUCAGAG